UUUAUAUAAAGCGACGUAGCUAGAAUGAUAUAUAACGACGCGUAACUGUCAUUUACUUUUUCAUCUAAUACUGAAACUUCUAGAAGGAAACGGCAUGAUACGAAGUAAAGAAACAGCAUUUGUGUGCGGAGUUGUAGGGCGUGGCAUACGAAUCGAAACUAGAGCUAGAAAUCGUGCAAGAAAAUCAGCUCGAUUUUUUAAUUUAAAUAGUCAAUUAUUUUUUAUGAUAUAAAUACCCAUAUGCAGUCUCUACGUCAAUAAGGCCAAAAUUAUACAGCUGGUCGGGAUACUGUACCUGCAGUGCGCGCAGCCAAAAAGAGCGAUCGAUUGUAAUUGAAAAAAAAAAAAAGAAUUGAGAAUAUAAAUAAUGACCAACAAGUGUAAUGCAAAUACGAUUAUUUCUGUAUUUCUGUCAGCAUUGUUGGUACUAGGUAUAUGUAUUUAUGGAAAGAACUAUCUGAAAGAUAUAUCAAGGCCCAGUGAUUCACACAAAUUAACAGAUAUUGAAAAUUUUUCUAAUUACAUGGAAAAAUUUAAGAAAAACUACGACUCUAAUGAAUAUUUUCGCCGUUUAAAAAUUUAUAAGAAUUCAACAUUGGAGAUUAUUCGGCUUAACAAAUUGGAGAACAGUUUGAAUGUUGAGUCGGCUGUGUACGGACAUUCUAAAUAUUCGGACUGGAGUGAAGAGGAAUUUGCUAAAGUAAUGCUGACGAAGAUGAUGUCAUCAUGCAAGAAAUCAUCAAGACGAUCAUUUUCAUCGUACGAGGAGCUGAAUAUACCGAAGAUGAUGGAUUGGAGACAAAAGGGCGUUGUGGGGCCCAUCCUGGAUCAAAAAAUGUGUAGCGGAUGCUGGGCUAUAAGUAUCGUGGGCGUUAUGGAAACAAUGUUAGCCAUUGGUUUGCAGAAAAAUGGUACCAUGCGACCUCUCACCAAAUUAAGUAUUCAGGAACUAAUCGACUGUUCAAAGCGUAAUGACGGCUGUCGAGGUGGAAAACCGUCAACUGCUCUUGAGUAUUUGAAAAAGAGUCGCCUGCCAAUCGUCACUGAGGAACAGUAUCCUCUGUUGCUGGUAGACCAAACCUGCAAAAUCCGUGGCCGACCGAACGGCGUACUGGUCACAGAUUACACGGAUUUGUGUAACGCACAAGAAGAGGAGAUGCUUCGUCUACUCGCGAAGCAUGGCACGCUCAUAGCGGUUGUGAACGCCAAACUUUGGCAGCACUAUGUUGGCGGAGUGAUACAUAAGGGCUGUCUGGGCGCUGAAAGAUAUCUGAACCACGUCAUUCAGAUUGUAGGCUACGAUCUGACAGCUUCGACCCCGUAUUAUAUAGUCAAGAACUCGUGGGGUGAAGACUUUGGAGACGAGGGUUAUGUUAAGAUUGCGAUUGGACACAAUGUGUGCGGAAUCGCCGACGAAAUAUCCUAUUUGAAUGUUUAGCUCAAAAUCGAGAUACGUCACUCUUGCUACUUUUUUAAACCCUGACGCAAAAAGAGAAGUCUUAUAAGAAUAAUUUGCUAAUAUUGGAAUUUAAACUGUGAUUAACAUGAUAUCUAUCUUGCUUUAAAAUACCUUUAUUAGUGGUAACCCAAAAUCAGUUCGGUUUUAUGCCAGGUCGGAGUACCACAGACGCCAUAUUUUUACUGCGUCAAUUAUGUGAAAAGUUCAGACGUGUUCAUAAGAACUUGGAUAUGGUGUUUGUGGUCCAAGAAAAGCUAUAUGACAAAGUACACCGAACGGUUUGAUGGUGGGCCCUGAAAAAAAAGUAUACCUGUUAAGUAUGUGGAGUUAAUUCAGGCUAUAUACUGUCAAUCUCUUGCAUAUGUUCGAUCGGCCGCUGGCAACACCGAUGAGUUUAAUGCAGCCGUGGGGUUGCACCAGGGAUCAGCAUUAAGCCCUUACCUCUUCUUGUUGGUGAUAGAUGCUUUGACAUCGCAUCUAAAGGAGGAUGGUGUAUGCUAUUUGCCGACAACAUUAUUCUUGUCGUUGAGAAUAAAACUAAGGUUCAGAGUGGACUGGUAGAGUGGCAACAAAGUCUAGAGAGUUUUGGUUUGAAAAUCAGCAGAAUCAGAACUAAAUACAUGUUGUGCAAUUUCGGCGGUCCCUUUAGUUCGGAAGUCAUAAAGCUUGACGAUACUAUUAUACCAGUCUACCCCGAUUUCCGGUUCCUAGGUUCACUCCUACAAAGCGAUGGUGAAUUAGACCGAACAGUAAAGCACCGAAUUAACUUAAGAUGGAUGAAAUGGCGGCAGGUUAUGGCAACCAGAUGUGACUCGCGAAUUUCCUUUAAAUUAAAGGAGAAAAUUUACAAGAGCAUAUUCCAGCCUGUUGUCUUGUACGGAUUAGAGUGUUGGACAACAAAGGUGAUAGACGAAAGGCGACUGUACGUAGCUGAGAGGCGAAUGGUGAGGUGCAUGUGUGGUACAAGAAUGCACAAAAUUAAAAAUGAUUAUUUCAGUGGAUGUAUGAAAAAAGCGCCAGUGAUAAAAAAGUUAAAAAGUAACCGUUCCUCCUGGCAUGGACACGUGAUACGCAGAAAUGAUAAGCAUAUUUUAAAAAAGGUAUUAGAAAUGGAAUUAAUUGGCUAUAAGGGCAGAGGAAAACCUAAAAAGACAUGGAUGGACUGUGUGAGAAAUGAUACGCCCUGAAUGGGAGUGAAUGCUAAAUUCUAUUAUACAAAUACAAACCCUAUACAUACAUUCUCCUUACGUGUUCUCAAAUUGACUAGAAGAAUGCCCUGUAAGAUCUCUUUUCAUCAGGCGGACCCUCAAUCUGUAGCCGGGGGAGUUCGUGACGGACCUAUUGUGAAAUUGUUUCUAAUUUUGAUAUUUAAUUAUUUAGUCUGUAAAAUAAUAUUAUUAUGUGUAGGUCAACGGCUAAUGUAAUCUCUUUAUAAUUUAAAAAUUUUGCUUCAUCAAGUAACAUCAAUCAAGAUUAUAGAUAGAUAGAUAGAUAGAUACUCUUUAUUGUUUCCUCCAAAAGAUUACAGUAGUAAACUUAUUAUAAAUAUAAACAAUUACAAGAAAUAAUCACAAUGAGAAAACAAUGGGCAGCCUUAUCGCUAAGAGCGAUCUCUUCCAGGCAACCUUUGGAUGGAGAGGAGUAAUUAUAAACACACCACAAAAUUAUAAAUAAUUUUGUGGUAAAAAAAAAUAUUCUAAUCUAACUCACAAUUGAAAAUGAUAUCGAUUAAUAUAAUACAAAAUUGUAAAUUGUAAAUAGAAUAUUAUUUAGACCUCACCGAAGAGCAAUUAAACAAGCUUGAGCGUCUCCAAAAUUUAUGUAUCCGCUUCAUAUUUGGUCUUCGCAAAUAUGAUCACAUUUCUCAAUUUCGUACUCAACUCAAGUAGCUCUCUAUCCGUUUUCGUCGUAAUCUGCAUAUCCUGUCUCUUCUUUACACAAUCCUUUUUAAUCCUGCUGCUCCUGAUUAUCUAAAAGACCGAUUCUUGUUUCUCAGUGAGGCUAAUGAUCAUACUUUACGCAGUGUCAAUAACCUCCGACUUAAAUUUCCCACUCAUUCUUCUCUUUAUUCAUUCUUCUCUUCCUUUUAUUCUAAAUCCUUUACUGUUCAGGCAGUUCGUCUAUGGAACUCACUACCUACCUCUAUUCGGUGCGCUCAAACUCUUACUAGCUUCAAAACCUCUGUUAAAUCUUACUACCUCUCACUUUAGUACUAUUUUCCUGUAUUCUCUCUUCGUUUUCCUUCGUCAUUUUUUUCUGUUGUAUGUAUGCUGUUAAGUAUGUGUAUGUUAUGUAUAUAUUUAAUUGUGUAUAUAUUAUAUAUGUAUGUGUAUGUAUGUAUGUAUGUUAUGUAUAUAUUUAAUUGUGUAUAUAUUAUAUAUGUAUGUGUAUAUAUGUAUGUAUGUAUGUAUGUAUCUAUAUAUGUUUGUAUAUGAUAAUAUUUAUAUAAUAGUGCGCCACCUACUCUUUGUCUUUUUCUCAAUGUCCUCUACCCAAAGGUUGUCUGGAAGAGAUUGCUUAGCGAUAAGGCCGCCUUUUGUAUCACUUCUCAUUAAUAUUUACUGUAUUUGUUAUUUCUCUUUUUAUUUGGUGCAAUAAAGUGUAAAUAAAUAAAUAAAUAAAUAAAUAGUAGUUGAAUUGGAAAUCUCCGCUUUUUGAUGUUGGUUAAAAAUAGAAAUGUUUUACUUAAUAGAUAAUUGCCUAUAAAUGUUAUUUUCAAAAAAUAACCUAUAAGUUAAUCAUUACCAAUGUACUUAAGAAUAAAUCAAGGAUGAAAUUAACAUGAUAAUGUUUGUGUGUGCAUUGAGAUUAUUGUAAGACCACCUUGUGUAGUACUUAUUCUUAAAUAUUUACUAUUUUAUGUAAUAAAAUACAGUACACUGCCAGGUUAUGAUUAUUUAUUUAUAAGAUCUUUAGUGUAAUGACACGUUACAGAACCAACUUUAGACGAAAUUCAUAUUUCUGCAGAGCUCCAGUUAAGUUUAACAAAUUAUUGUUUGACCAUGAUAUUGAUCUGUUCCACACAAAACCGCAUGCAAUUAAAUUGCAUGUAGCAGAAUCAUUCCUUGGUUCUCGUCCUGCUGCACCUAAUUGACUAUUUUAGUAAUGUUGUUUUGCUUUAUAUUGCUUUUGUUUUGUUAUUAUAUAUUAAGCUAAAAGGUGUCUUAUCAAAAUUUAUAACUUUUUAAUUAUUAUGGAUAUGUGUAUAUAUGCGUGUGAAUGUAUAUGUAUAUAUAUGUAUAUGUGUGUAUAUGUAUAUGAGUGUAUAUGUUUGUAUGUAUAUAUUUUGCAUAUAUACAAACCGAUCAAUUGUGUCAUUGCGCAAAUGUGAAAACGAUUCAUAGCUUAACACAGAUAUAAAUUUCAUUAUGUACGAGUAUUGACUGUAAUUCAGCUGAACGUUUUCCAAAAAAAAAAUAUAUAUAAAGACAUCAUAGUAUGAUGUCAAUUUACAUAUCCAAUAAAUGAAAGGUGAAUGAAUGAUCUGUAAAUGUACAUAGUUCAUAAGGUAGUAUUAUAAAGAGAAAAUCCUGAAUAAUUCAUCAACGCACAGCCGAAACUACUGAAGUUAUAAUUAACAAAUGUUGACGGUAAUUUUCUUUUAUAAUCUACAAAAAUAACAAGAAUAUUUGGAAAUUCGGACUAUAAGUGUGUAAAUGUAUAAUAUAAUAAGGUAUGUGUGCAUGUGUGUGUGUGUGUGUGUGUGUGUGUGUGUAUAUAUGUGUGUGAUAUAUAUAUAUGUAUGUGUAUAUAUAUAUAUAUGUCGUCCUCCGUGGCGCAGCGGUCAACACGCCUGCCUGCGACGUGGAGGCCCCGGGUUCGAUCCCCGGCCAGGUCAUGAUGGAAAACGAUCUUUUCCUGAUUGUCCUGGGUCUUGGAUGUUUAUCUAUAUAUGUAUCUAUUAUAAAUAUAGUAUCGUUGAGUUAGUAUCCCAUAGCACAAGUCUCGAACUUACUUUGGGGCUAGCUCAUUCUGUGUGAUUUGUCCGUAUAUAUUUAUUUAUUAUUAUUAUAUAUGUAUAUGAUUAUCCAUGUGUUUGUAUAUUUACCUUUAUAAUUGUUAAUGUAUAAGUUAAAUAUUUUUUUGUUGUAUAAAUUAUAUUGUGUUUACAGACUUGUUUAGCUGUGUGUUUAUGUUUUGAUCAUGCUGUGUACGCAUAUUUUUGGAGGGUUAGCUUGAACAAAACAUUAUUGUACUGUAUUAAUUAAUUAAUUAAUUAAUGUAACCAUGUUAAUUCUCUGUAAUGUGUACCUAUUGAAAUAAAAUAAAUCUGAGGUCGGACUUUUA